UGUCCGGAAAUUACUAUGGUUAUGGUUACUAUGGCACACUAUGGUUAACCGAGUAUUAACCGCUAAGGGCCUCGGUUAACGGUUAAUGAAAAACUUGAGAACGUGCAGCCCUAAUUCAGAGACCAUCUUGAGUGAGGAUGAAUGCAAGAAAGCAAUUGCAUUCAUGAGCCAUUCUUCUGAUGAGGACGCCAUCAAGAAGAAAAUGAAAUUGACAUUCGACUAUCGCCGCAACAUGGUUCUUGACCCCAUGCAGUCAAGUGAUAUAUUGACGGUCUUUCCACGAUUCAAAGACAUUAAAGGCUUGAUUGAGCAAGACUUUGUUCUGAUGUUUGGAGAAGGAGUGUCAGGAAAGCUACUGGAGAACUGGACCACUGCAUUCAAGAAAAAAGUGAUUCAGCAGUGCAAAAAGCUUCCCAGCACCAGUGAUUUGGAAGAACUUCUACUAGCAGCUGAAUCUCCUACUGGUGACUCAGAAGAGGGUGCUAAUUUUGUUUGGGACAGUGAACUCGCUUCAAUUAUACUUCUGUUGCAUCUGAUCCCACCUUCUGCCCAAGGCCGGAAAAGACCAGGAAAGGUAUCUGCCUCUCAAGCAGAGAAACACCUUGUUGUCUUUAAGAAGAGUGGAACAAACAUUGAGGAGCAUCUUCGAGAAAUUGCAGCUAUUGCUCAGCCCUACCUCCUGGCCGUGGGACCUCAGAAGAGUUCAAUUCACCAGUACUUCAUCGUUCUUGAUCAGCAUGCCAUUCCAUGCAAGUCAGCCUCUUCUCUUGGUGCUUUUGACGAGCUGUUUAAGGCACACUUUGUUUUUGGCACCUCUUACAACAUUAUGCUACACAACAUGUACACUUUCAUUCAGACCACUGUGUACAACAUAGAUGUUGGCAAAGUGAAAGAGAGUCCUCGUGUUGCUGAGGUUAGAGCAAGGUUGCUUAGUUAGGCCUAAAGUUUUUCUGCCCUCAUGAAGUGUUUUGUUUGUCAGGCUGAGUUAUCUGGUUCAAAAAUACUUCUCAGGCAUCUAAGAUUAGUUCAUGGUUUUGUUCCUGGAAAGAAUCUUCGCCUUAAAUGUGUAGAGACAGGAUGUAGUUCUGUGUUUGGUACUUUUUCAGGUUUUAGGAAACAUUUGCAUAUAAAACAUACUGAGCAAAGUGACCAGAAUUCUGAUACCAUUGACAACAGUGAGACUGCUGAGGAAGAAGAACAAAUUAGUUCUCAAACAUUUGAUCAGAUUGGCAGUGUUGGAGAGGUAGCCACAACAUCUGUAUUGUUAAUGUCAAAUAAGAGCACUUUGGAUAUGUGUGCUUCGGCUGUUGCGGAACUAAAAGUUGCUGGGUUAAGUCAGUCUGCUGUAAGUGGUUUUGUUUCAUCUAUGGAGGAAAUUGUUUUUGAGAUUCACAGUCAGGCCAAGGAUGCAGCUUUGCUCUGUCUGCCUCCACAUGACAUUGCUACUAAAAGGAAAAUAGAAAAUUCAAUUGAACAUUUGGAAAAUCCAUUCACUUUCUUGAAUUCGGAAGCCAAACGAAAGAGACUCUUUACAGAGAAAUGUUGAACCAACUGAAAUAGUGCUUGGCACAAGAUUUGACAGCAGAAGAAACAAAACCACAGGAACAUUUGAUCAAGUUGUUGUAACAGAUAAAUUUGCUUAUAUUCCCAUUUUAGAAACCCUAAAGGCCAUUUUACAAAAUCGGCAUCUUACUGAUUUGUUUAAACCCAGGCAUGUUCCAAAGGAAGGCGUUUAUUUUGACUUGAGUGAUGCAGCACAUUUCAAAAGUAAUCCUUUAAUUUACACAGACAAAGAUGCCUUACAAAUUCAGUUAUUUUAUGAUGAUUUUGAGACCGCUAACCCUUUGGGUUCCAAAAAAGGUAUACACAAAUUGGGUGCUAUCUAUUUUACAUUAAGGAAUUUCCCCCCCAUUUUUAACUCAUCAUUAGAUAAUAUUCAUUUAUGUGCUCUCUUUCAUGCACAGGAUAUAAGACGGUAUGGUUUUAAUUCUAUAAUCGAGCCUUUAGUAAAUGAUCUAAAAGUGCUUGAGAUUGAGGGAGUUAAGAAUCCAUUAUGUGGAAGUUGUAUUAGGGGUACAAUUGUUCAAGUCACAGGGGAUAACCUUGGCUUACACAGCUUAUUAGGGUUUCUGGAGUCAUUUGGGGCUCAAUAUUGCUGUCGUUUCUGUGUUCUUGAAAAAGAUCGCUUUCAGUUUGUGUUUUCUGAAGAUAACCCUGAGGUUGUACUAAGAACAACUGAGAUGCAUGCUCUGCACUGUAAAAGAUUACAGGACGACUCUACACUCCCUCAUGUUUAUGGCGUCAAACGGGUCUGUUUGUUAAAUUCACUGAAGUAUUUCAACACAGCCAACAAUUUUGCUGUGGAUGUAAUGCACAACAUUCUCGAAGGUGUCGCUCAGCUAGAGGUAAAACUUGUUUUGCAGUACAUUCAGCAUAAUUUUCUGAGUGCUGAUGAUCUUGCUGGUAGAAUACAUGCUUUUGAUUAUGGUUACAAUCAGCAGAAGAACCGUCCUCCGUCAGUCAAAUUGUUUGGUGGAAGCAAUGAUUUGGGUUUAAAUGCCAUACAAUCUUGGUGCUUGUUGCGCAACAUGCCACUGUUAUUUGGUGAUUUAGUGCAGAGAGAUGAUAAACACUGGUGUCUUUUGCUUUUACUUCUGCAGAUUGUUAACAUUGUAUUCUCACCAGUCCUAACAGAAGGCAUGACCAUUUAUCUUAAACAUUUAAUAAUAGAACAUCACCAGUUAUUCAAAAAAUUAUUUCCUGAAAAAAAUCUUUUACCAAAGCAUCACAUAAUGAUACAUUACCCACAGUGUAUAAGAAAAAUUGGACCAAGUCUGCACAUGUGGUGCAUGUGUUAUGAAGCUAAACACAAAUUUUUUAAAACUCAAUUAAAAAGCUUCAAAAACAUCACCAAAACAUUGGCCAACAAGCACCAGAGUUGUAUGGCAAUGCACUGGGAGUCUUUUAGCCAGUACAGAUUGACUCUUGGUCCAGGGAAGAUGGUGGAACUCGAUGAACUUAAAGGUGGCAUGGAGAUGGCUUCCAAACUAGGAGUGGAUAUAUCAGAAAGUGUCUAUUCUGUAAAAUGGAUCAAACAUCAUGGCACAGAGUAUCGCCCUGAUUUUAUUAUCUGUACUGAAGUAGCAUGUGAGAUGCCAGUGUUUUAUAAGAUCAAGACUAUUGCUGUGAAAGAUGAAAAUGUACUUUUAUGUGGAACAUUGAUGGAAACACUCUGUUUUGAUGACCAUUACCAUGCAUUUACAGUCAGAAUGCAUCCAGACAGAAUUCUAAAGUCAGUGAAUGUUAACGAGCUGUGUUAUUUCAAACCAUUUGAUCUCCAAAUGAAGUAUGGUACAACAGAUUCUGCGCUGCAUAUAGUGCCCUAUUGCCAUUUUAUGCAGAUGUGAUGUUUUUUUGUGAAUGUAUUUUAAACCUGACCAUGUUUUAAUAAAUGUUUUAAAUGGUACGUUGAAGUUGUUUUCUGUUCUGUUCUCUGGAGUUAUUUGAUCAGCAUUUUAACCUAUAGCGACACCAAAUGGGUUUUAAAAGUGUACUCACUAAGUGGGAUUAGUUUUUCACUAAGAAAAUUUAAAUAAACUCUACAAAAGUGAAAUAAUAACACUAAUUGGUGUUAAUUUCCCCUAAGUGUUAAAUUGUGGUAACACUAUUCAGAGUUAAAUUAGUUUAGUGUUAAAUUGUGGUGAC